AUGAAUGGCGCUCCAGAUCCAAGUUCUGGUUAUUUUUACUGUGCGCAUUGCGAAGAAAAUGUUUCCGAGUCAACAUUUCGAAGAAACCAAAUUCUGCCUAACUCGAUAAACCAAUUGCAAAGGGCUGUGCGAAAUUUUUCAUCUGAUUCAGAGAGUGAAAGAUCUACAUCGCCUGAUCUAUUCCAAG